AAUCGUGGCUUUGUUGGCACCUAACGCGGUGUCCGUCGGCCCCACACGCCGCAGCCGCCGCCACCCCCUUUCCCCACGCUUCCAUCGCUGUCCGCCCCUGUCUCCGAUUCCAUAGCACUAUUUCAAGGGUUUUACUUUCUUUUCUCUAGUUGUUCAUCUGGCCUCGAUGGCUCAGCAAUCAGGCGCAGCUCCGGCGGGUGACGGGUCGGGUCAGCCGGCGGUAGGUCAUGGGCCGGGCCCGUUUGGCGACACGACGUACACCAAAGUAUUCGUGGGUGGGCUGGCGUGGGAGACGCAGAGCGAAUCGCUGAGGCGCUACUUUGAGCAGUUCGGUGACAUAUUAGAAGGCGUCGUAAUCGCUGAUAAGCACACCGGACGCUCCAAAGGAUAUGGCUUCGUGACAUUCCGUGAUCCGGAAGCUGCUCGUAGGGCUUGUGCCAACCCAAAUCCAGUCAUUGAUGGUAGAAGGGCAAAUUGCAAUCUAGCUUCACUUGGAAGCCCUCAAACCUUUCCUCAUGGUGGUUCUCAUAGAUCAACAAUGCCCUAUAUGGGGCCCCAAGCUUUGAGAGGUGUGUAUGUGGGAAGCCCAAUUUACCAGCUACCAGUUACGUACGGCUUUCAACCUGGAAUGCCAUAUCCUCCUUACAGGUACCUUGCUUAUGCCACUGAAUAUGCAUACCGUCAGAUGUAUGGAUUAGUAGGCACAAAUUCAAUGCCAUAUGGCCACCUGAGCCCCCAACCUGGCAGCCCUGGGUAUACAAUGAUGCAAGGCUAUUUCAUGCCCGGUCCUCAUAUGGCUCAGUAUCAUCACAGACCUAAUGUUGGUGGAGCAGUCACAGACAACAUUCCCAUAAUGCAAAGACCAUAUCAUUCAGGUAUUGCAAUGCCUUCUAUGGGUCAAUCGCAGGUCGCAGUUCGCUCACAUUCGCUGCAGUUCCCACACAGUAGCAGCUCUGAUCAAACAUCCUGAUUAACAUUGGAGAAAGAUUAUUUUGUAUAUGGGUCUUCCUCAACACUAAUCUCGAGCUGCAAAAAUUAUUGAUGGUACUUCCCGGCUUUCGAAUUUGACCUUUGGAGGUCAAUUAAAAUGCAAGCAAAGGUUUUCCUAAGUCAAUGGCCACCAAAUGAUAAGUAAUGAACACUGUAAAAUACCGCCCCCCUUUGCUGGUACAUGGCAGGACGCGCCCUUUGAUACCUGUAUAAUUGACAUACAUUCAUCUUCUGCCGGUGCUUCAAAAAGUCACCGGAAGUGUAUUUCUGGAUGCCGGAAUCUGGUUUCCGGUAGCCGUGUGUGAGGGAAUCAACCUAUGAUUCUUGAACCGUCUUGGUUUUGGACCGGUUCAUUUGCAUGUCUAGUGUCAGUUCAUCAUCCAUAUGUAUUCAAACCAUGUGCUCUCAUGCUAGGGUCAGUGUCAUUUUUUUCUUUUAACUGUAUAAAUUUGGUGCCUUAAAUAUUUGGAUGUUCACAUCAGGGAAAUGCAGGGUAAAUUUCACCAAUGGUACCUGAACUUUAGCUGGAAUUUCGAAGUGGUAUCUGAACUUCAAAUCCUUUCACAAAAAUCCCUGAACUUACACAAUCCUUUCACUAAUGAGCCAUUAGCCCGUUUCUAGUUUAACUUCCGGUCAUUAGGGCCAAAUUCGAAUUUUAUAUAUUUUAAAAUUUUCAAUUUGACCCCAUUUCUUCUUUUCUUUUCUUCCAGGCCCCGCCGCCGUCGCCCGCCGGUCAAAGUCGCCGGAAAAUGAACUUUUUCCGAUUCCGGCGGGACCAAUGUCAUUCUCUUCGUCUUGAGACGAGGAUCAAUAAUAUCCAAACCAUUUUGCCUAAUUUUGCCUGUAACUUAUCGAAUCUGAAUUUUUCUACUCGAAAAAACCCUAAAAUCGAAAUUGGGUCUAAAAUGGGGGGUUUUGCAAAUCGUCAUCAAAUCUUGCAAUUGAGGAGUCCUUGGAGGUCGCCCGGAUGCCACGACCGCAUUGGAGUUGGUGCCCGCCGUCAAUUUCGCCGGAGUUGGCCGGAAAACGGGCUAAUGGCUCAUUAGUGAAAGGAUUGUGUAAGUUCAGGGAUUUUUGUGAAAGGAUUUGAAGUUCAGGUACCACUUCGAAAUUCCAGCUAAAGUUCAGGUACCAUUGGUGAAAUUUGCCCGGGAAAUGCACAUAAACUUAUUCAUCUCAAAGUUCAUUUAUAGCCUUUUGAUAGGCGAACCACUUCCACCAAAACUAAAAUUGUCAAGCAUGGAUAAAGGAUGACUUUGGAU